UCGAUUUGGCCUAAUGUUCGGCACAACGAAUCAUAAAAGGCCAGCCUUGAUGAACAGCGUCCUGCAAAAGAUCAAGGAUGAGAACAUCACAAUUGAGGUACUUUGAUGCACCGUCACAGUCAGCUAGUCUAAAAUGGCAAGCAUUCCAUAGUAUAGCAUUUGAGUAAAAAGGCUUGGUACCAGGCCAUUGAAAGGAUGCAGCUGCCUUUUUCCAAGGGAUAAAAUAGCACCACGAUAUCCUCAUAGAUCCGUUUUUAUUAGGGAUCAAACAUGUUCGCUUAAUUCUCCGCCAGUUCAGUCAACCAAUUUGAAUGCAAUAUGGGUUGUCAAAUGACAUAAAAGAUGUUCUUUGGCAAUAUUUUUAGCACACUCAGGGUGACUGCUACUUGUCAUAGAUCAGUACCCGCAUUUUCUGAUUUGGCGACAGCUGUUGAUUAUAGAGCCAUUAGCACUUUGACUUCACCAAAUUGUCAUGCGAGGAAAGGAAGAAAAUGGGACGAGUGUUCCAGACGAACAGCACAAAGUGCAGAAAAAAGGAAAGAAGGCCAAACAGAGAGCAGAGAAGGAAGAUCCAGAAGAUCUAAAGCAAGGCGACCUCGUUGGCGACAAUGAUAAUGUCCCCACACCAGAACCGGGGCACUCAGCGGGGACGCAAAGCAAAGCAUCAAAAGGAUUUUCCCUGUUCAAAAGCAAAGGAAAGAAAACCGCAGAGUCAGACAACAUAUCUACUGCGAGUACCCCCGCGGUCAGCGAGAGACCUGGCUUCGAUGGUGAAACCAGAUCAAUCACGGAGAGCACUUCAAAUCGGCCUGCGAAUGAAGAGCUGCCCAUUCCAGGGACAGAGGAUAACAAACUACCUCAGCCUGACUCUAGCAACCGAGAUAUACUCCGACCCGAUGAAAGAGAAGUCAAAUCCGUUCACGAUGAGAGACCAAUUCGAACGAUAGAAAUGCCCCAAGACAAUCGACCUUCCAAUGAGGACGGACCAACCAAACCUGAAAUAGGAGAUACGCCCAUACAGCCUGCCAACCAGAAAGACCUUACGAACACAGUCGGUAUCAAAUCCGUGGAACAACCAAUAGUGACAGAACAAGGGCAAAUGUCUCCAAAACCAUCAAAAUCAAAAGGUGGGCGAAGUGGUGCCCGGUCUGGCCGGGGAAAGGCCCCCUUUAGCGGCGACCGUAGUGGGAAUUCACGGACACCUCUCUCAGAUGCUGGAGCGUUCCCAGAUGAAGUAGAGUUGCCAGCAAGUUCUAAAAUGACCGACAUUCCAGGGGAGACUGGUAUGCCCAAGGAACUUACCCAGGUCGAUGACAACACAAAGCAACUUCCAACGCCCGCCGCUUCGAAUACGAAGGAGAACGCAGCAACCUUGAAAGAUCCACAGACAACAGAUGCAGCUCAAAUCCCUCAAUCCCGUCAAACCAAACCAAAUUCUAAGAAGGCCAAACAGGCACCACAAGUAACAGCAAGGGCCCCCGGUCUUAGUACCCAGAGCCCACCACGAACCCCACAACGCACACCUCCAUCCCGCUCAACACGAAACCGCCCACGAGGAUCAGCACAACGACGAGUCACGUUCAGAAAAUCAACAAUUCCCAUCCUCCGUGCACGGGCCCAGAAAAAGUCUGCGGGACGUACAAUGGAGACAUUGCUGAGGACCCUUCAGACAUUAGCGGCAGAAGUUGAAGCGGCAAAGUUAUGCUCCACACAACCGCGACGGCGAGGUAGUGAGGCAAUUGUAGCCGACCCGAGUAUACCUCAAGAUGAGAAAAUACAAAUACUGAGUUUAAAGCUGAACGAUGAGGAGGAAGAGAUCAGAAAACUACGAGGAGAGAAGACUGAACUACAUCGGCAGGUAACCUCUUUGAAAAAGAGGGUGGCCAGGGAAGUUGAGAGGGCAAAGCCUUUACCCAAAAUUACCAGCACAGUCCCGACGUCCGUUGAGGCAAACCUCAAUCUUCGAUACCAGUUCACAAAAACUCUUAAAAUUGAGAGAGACAAGUAUCAAAAGCUGCAGGAAGAGAACAGGGUACUAGCUGCACGUAUCAAGGAAUAUGAAUCCAAGCCCCAUAGAAAAGAAAGUCCUUCGGGAUCCACGUAUCAGCGCACAAACGACAUGCUGUUCCUCCGGAAGAAGCUAAAAGAAGCUGAUGCUGAAAAACGCAAAAUGGAGGACACCAUUUCGUCAAUGCUGAAACAGCUAGAGCGGGAGUCCAAGGCCAAGCAAAAGAUGGAUCGUGACGCUGAAGCAAUGAGGCAGCAGUUCACGCAUUUGAGGAAUCAAUUUGGUGGUUUGGCUGGAGAAGAGGAUGAAGGUUCGCCCGUACGAGGGAGAGAACGUAGGAGCUUUAAGAGUGCAGCAAGGAGGGUGCUUAGGAUGAACCAGGGAAGCAAACGAACGGGAAUAGCAUCAAAUUCGCCGGGUAGAGGGCCAGAGAGUCCGAUCAGGAGUCACGCCGAUCCAUCUCCCAGCAGAAACCAUGAUGUCAAGGGCUCAGAGGCAAAAUCAGCGAAGUCACCAUUGGUUGCGGAAGCAAAGCGAAAGCCAGUCACGGCCUCCAAGUCGAAACAAGCAACAGAGCAGAAACCAGAGCACACUGAAAAUUACGCACGAACGACGGUUGCGGCUCGGAGCAAAGCAAAGGAUGUUACCCCAACUGCUGAGAAAAGAACCAGCAAAACAGCGGAUCGUCCACCGGAGUCAAAUUCCGAAGCAGCUGACACGAGUAGAAGUAAACUUCCUGCCGUAUUCCGCAAACCACGUGGAGCACCCGACCGGCAACGCUCCGUGCUAGCAAACCUGGACCGCGACCUACGAGAAGCGGGUUCCCUAAUUGACUCUUUGGACAGAGACUUGCGUGCAGCAGGUGUAGAGCAUGGUCGCGACCCUAGUAGAAAACGCGGUGUUCAGAGGCAGGGAACUGUACAACCUGAAAAGGAGCUGAAUCAUGUAGGGCAAGAUGGCAGUACACCAACACCCUCAAACGUAGGAGCGGAAAGUAAUCCGCCGCUCCCUGACAAAAGCGGUUCUGAGAUGGAAGAUAUUUCUGAUGCCCGGCUACGAUCUGCGAGGAUUCGAGUGGAGUAUGACGUAUGGGUGAAGAAGAAGAACGAAGAGAAUGCAGCUGCAGCAGCCGCAGCAGCAAUGUCCGUUGCAAAUACUCAGUAAUCAAUUUGAGAUAUAUGAUUUUAUAUGUGUUUGAAAGUAAUGAAAGCCGAAUUCCAGCCACACAAGUACAUUACAAACAAUCUCAUACCUGGUAUAAUGCAAGUAAAAAAUGCUAUGAAAUUAUGUAUAUUGGUACAGAUACGCCUUCACCUUCGC